AUGAUAAAGCGCAAAGUCGUUGAGAGGAUUUUAAAGGAUUUAAUUUACUACAAAGAAGAAGUCAUUGAGCACCAGCAAGUGCUGCAGCAAAUGAAAGCAGCAGGCCGUGAGGAGAGCGACGUGCGGCAGCGCGAGAAUGUGUUGAGAGAGACAGUGCUGAUGGUCUUUGACUCAGAGAAGCGAUUAGCAGAUGCAUGCAAACAGUUUGAGAUCUUUUACUUAGAUAAUUCUCUUCGCUGCAGCAAAGCUGUACGCCUCCUUCACCAGCAGCAGCAGGAGCAGCAGCAGCAGCAGGAGCAGCAGCAGCAGCAGCAAAAAUGGCAGCAGGAGAAGCAAGAGAAGACCCAGGAGAGGUAUGAACAGAGCGGUGCUGCAGCAGCAGAUCCAGCAGCAGCAGAUGCUGCUGCUGCAGCAAAAGGAAUAGCAGCAGAAGCACCACCAGCAGCAACUGCAGCAGCAGCAGCAGCAGCAGAAGGGGAUGAAGAGGCCUGGCUUGUACAGGAGAUGCAGCUAGCAGCAAAUGCAUUUAAAAGAGUGCAGCAGCAGCUUCCUGAUUUGCUGCUGCCGAUGCAUCUCUUUGAAGCAAAUGUCUCUCCUGAGGGUCUAGAAAGUGAAGAAGAAGAAGUUAAUAACUACAACCCAGAAGAUAUCUAG